AUGCCAUUUGGCACAAUUGACUCUGGUGCUAUAUUGUUGCUCGUUUACACCAGUCCUGUUUCCAUGGCAAUUUCAAACUUACUAUUUGAUUGGCAAUACAUACAUUAUUGGUUUUAUUUAGCCUUAUCCAACCUGGCUCUGUCUUAUCAUAUGUUACAACGAAGAGCGGAAGCAGCCACCGGAGAAUAUUCCGGCGCAGCUAUGAUUACAGGGCCUAUAACAAUAUCGGUCACGACUGUUGACCAUUCCUUAAUACCCACAAGCUCUGCAACCUUUUCAUCAACUUCUAUCACCAGAAUAUCAAGCACCUCGAUGGACAAGAGAAUUGGAGCCUUGGGAUCCAGAGAUCUUGGGCCUGGAGUUGCUAUUGGGUCUUGCACAUGGCCAACUGAAGAUGUUACCGUAACAGAUUCAAACCAUCAUACAACUGUCUAUCCCCAGAUUCUCUGUAGGGACAAUACGAAACACUGCUGCCCACUUGAGGGAACACCUGAUACGCCUCUAUCGGCAUGCCCGCAGGGCUAUGUGAGCGCAGGGGAGAAUGCAUGCUGCCCACGUACUUUACUCGGCACGCAAACCCCAUGCUACAGCAAAUUUUCGACUGCUGUACCCCCAGCCGCGACUGCAAGUGCAGACACCAGUACCACAACCAUCCGCACAGCUCUAUUCGCGAAGAAAUAUGACAUCGUUCCUUCGCAGACGGCACAACCUUCGGCGUCUCCUACUACUACCUCUCCAGCUUCUUCAGAGUCUUCAGAACAAACUCUUUCAAGAUCACGGCGGUUGAGCGACAGAGAAAUUGCCGGCGUGGUCACAGGCUCGGUGUUAGGCGUCCUAUUAUUUUUGGGGAUCGCAGUCGUGCUUCUCCGCAGAUGGAAACGGUCCAAAGUCACUGUGGAUGACCUGAUUCGCCAGCCGACUAAAGGCACCCACGAACUCGCGCCAACCGACAACCAAUAUCCGGCCAAGCAACCUCAUGAUGAGUCGUGGACGACGGGAACGACGCAGAGUGUUCCGAUUAAUCCGGCUAAUAGCAACCACCAUAUACCCAUGGCCUAUUUGACAAACAUAACCCCUACAAUACGCACUGUCGAACCACAGGAGCUGCCCGGCAAUACAUUUAUUAAUGAAUAUCAUCCGGCUUAUCGAAAUGAUCCGUGUCCGUGGAGAGUUCAACCAUAG